AUGGACUCGUUACCAAACCAGUUACGACCAGGCACCGAUGAACCGAUUGAAUGCUGGGAUGACGACGACGAUUUGCAAUUCAACGGGGAUGUUCAGUUCCGCACCGCGUCCAGCGCGGGAUCCAUAACAAAUUCGUCAUUCCGGCCAUCUGGGCAUCGAGAUUCCAUUUCCUCGCGACGUUCUGCGCGCUCGGAUCUUGACUCCAAUGUUGGAGACGAGGAUUGGCAGGUUCCGCUCUACGAAAAUGACGAGUUCGCCAAAGAAGAAGCUAUUGCCUCGGCCAAGACCGCGGGAAUUCCCAUUCCUACAGAUAUUCCCAAAUCGGCUCUCGUCGGCGGCACGAUUAAGCGCUUGUCUACCCGAAAGACCCGAAAGACAUUUGUUGACGACUGGUCAGAGGAUGUUGAGCUCCCGGACCCCGAAACUGUCCUACAACUAAAGACUCCCCGGGAAACAGUGUUUCCUGAUUUCCUCCCAAAUGUCAGCUCUGCUGCCACCAGUCCAGUAAAGUCCGCAGCCUCACCAUCAUGGACCGACGAAAUUUCUACACAUUUACAAUCAGCUUUGGAAUUUGACGGCUUUGACCCUCAAGACAUACCAACGCUCAAAGCCCCAACCCCUCGAUCUCCAAAGAAAUCAUCCACGGCCAAUGUCGGGGUUCUCAAUGUGGAACAGGAAACAGACGAUGACUUUAACCAGGAUUUCGAAUUACCUCAAACCCUUCAGCCUCUAGAAUUGUCGUAUCGGAAGCAUAAUUUCAACGUUUCUAGCCCCACCUUGGACGACUUCGAUCUCGAGUGGUCGGAAGGAAGCAUUGGUGUCCGGGUCGGCGGCACUACAAGAGACGGUCGCUCAGUUCCCAGCUCCUCGAUUUCGAUUGCCAGUCCUAGCGUCUCAAGCUGUCUCACAGCGGAAAGUGAAGACGAUGGCCUCGACGGCCUCGUCAUCCCUGAAGGUCCUUUGGAUUUCAAGGCUUCACUCAAGAAGCGCCAAACAGCACGGAUCGAGAACGUGGACGUACGAGAAAACCGGCUGGAUCAGGCCUUCUCUUCGGGGAAGCUGGCUUUGAACCCUAACGUAAAAUGCAAGACUGAACGGCCAUCUAGUCCGACUCGUCGGUCUGCAACAACUCUCACAUUCACCAGUGCGACAGGUUCUCCACGAACCCGCAUCCCUCGCUUGUCCGGUCACGAUCGGACACAUUCAACCCAUCUUGAGACUGUCUCAGAGAGUGGUGCUCCUCUUUCCAAAUUUCGAACAUCCCAAUCGCGUCUUGGGCAUUCAUCUCAAUCAUCCACAUCAAGCCUCCCCAUUUCUAAUGUCAUUCCGACAUCGCCAACUCUACCUGUCUCUGGUCGACGACUUCUCGGACCUCGAACUCCUAGGGACAGUACCCAGUCCAGCGAGGUCAACCCUCCAAAUAGGCGUUUGAAAACGAAACGUUCACUACCCUCAAUCCGUGGCACGGGCUCUGCACCCUUGACGCAGCCUUCUCAGCGCCAACCGAUUGAUCGGCCGGUGCGUCUCCCUUCCGCGAGACCUAAAACGCCGGUGGAUCGCCCCUUAAUUGAUGGGAGGACAUUCGCCCGCAGAGCCCAGGCGCCGUUCAUGCCAGCUGGCCCCUCAGAAUCUCAAUCGCCUGCCAAUGUGAAGGGAUACCGCUCCUCCCGCCGCACAAACUCGGACAGCUCCAGUGGGCUACUUAGUCCACAGGGCACCUUCGGUCGGCUCCCGCGAUCAACUCGGAAUGAGUCCUUCCGUACUAGUUUUGGCGAAUCAACCCCGGAUUCUGUUGCUUCGGCAAAGCGUACCCUUACACGACCCACCAAACGGCGUAAUUUUGGGGAUGGAACAGAGCUCGAGUCGUUUGACGACUUGUCUACAUCGGUAGCGGCGGAGAGCAAGUUUGUCAAAACUCCCACAGGUCGAGGUGCUCCAAGAUCCGUUCGCACCAGAAUCAGUCAGAGUCGGAUUGAGCCACCGCACGAUGUAUCACCUCCUCAAUCGUCAACAUCCCCAUCGGCUCUUAAAUUACGAAGCCCGACUCCUAGGUUUGCCCAAGAUACCAAUGCAUCCAGGAAUGCAAGAGAACAACGCAUUGCUUCCAUGGCAAUGAACUCGAAAAGCCGUGAAUCAAAUUCUCUCUCUGGUUUCAGCUCGAACUGGAAGUCCCAGCCUAUCUCAAGAGCCCCUCCCUCGACAUCAAUUCGAAGCCGGAAAAGCAGGCCUAGCGCAAAAUUAACAUCAAAACCACAUCUGAUCAAGCCCAUGGGGUCUGGGGUGCAAGAUGCCAAAUCCGUGAGGGGUAUGCGUUACAACCCUAUCAACUUCCGUUGGGAAGGAAAUGAAAACUCAGUACAAGAUUUUGAUCCUGCUCCAAAAUCACCCAAGCCUGCACCAGCUCUCAUCACCAAUGUUGGCGCGAUGCACAACGUUCAAACCGUCGGUGGGAUGGUCUUCGAUCCGCAUCGUAUGUGCUGGCUCAAGGCUCCACUUGACGGCGUUGCAGAUGAAGAUGAUGUCUUUGCCGGUCUAGAUGAUUUGGAGGCAAGCAGCUCCCAUGGACGCACCUCGGGGGCAUUUGAAGGGCCUCCGUUCCAGGGGGACGAGGCAAGUGCCGGUGAAUCAUCCGAUGAAGGACCUAUGACGGAGGAAUUCGAUGUCGGGCCAGAAUUCAUUCGACGACAGCGAGCCGAGGAGGAAAAGUGGAGGCGCAAGGUUGACAAGUGGGUUGGCUUCGACCGCCACGAAAAUCACCUAUGGAUCAUCCGUGAUUUGGUGGCACUUGAUGGCAGGGGAGAAGCAGCCUAG